AUGAGAAGGACCCGGCCUCUGACUUGGCAGACACCGCUGCUCAAGACAUAUCAAUUGGGCACAGGCAGAAAAGGGCGCGUGCUGACUCUGGGCUUCUGGCCCAGAAGAAAGCCAAGAACUUUGGCAGGGCUGGACCUGGAGUUGAUUCCCCCGGCCGCCUUGAUCGUGCUUGAGAAUCCAUCCUCCUCGGAGUCGUCAUCCGCAUAA